AUUGGUAUCAACUGAACCCUAAUAUUUAUUGACAGGAUAUAGAUGAUUGGAUUUUGAAUGGCUUUAUGUUCGAAAAACAAAAAUUCAAAUCAAUUUUAUCACGAAUAAAUAUAAAUUGGUGCAAUAAAUUUGACUAUAAAUUUCGGUAUAUAUGGGUACGCUGGCAAACUCUUAAUAAGCCAGUUGAGAAGGGCUCUCUUUUGUCAGAUGCUAAGAAGGUGAAACUGAAGAGUCAGAAUCCGCAGCAUCGCUUGUUUCAUCUGCUUCCUCUGCUUAAAAUUUUAUCGAGCCAAGAAGCAACAACACAUUUUGGCAGUGCACGUUCAUCGUUUGAAAAAAUUCCUCUUUGAAACUGAUCGUUCUGUUUUCAACUUUCGUUUUCGAGUGAAAAAUGAGCUGAAGCUAGCCCUUUUCUUUUUUCAAUAAUAUUAUUGCUCUGGCUCAAAGAAUGGGCCUUGUUAUGGAUGAUUAAAAGUUCUCGUCAUAUGGGGUUGUGUAAAUAACUCUGUAUUUGUAUCAUCUUUUUGCUUGGUUUCAAGUUUGUGAUGGUUUCAAUUGUUUUGAUUUGUGAUUGAAUUGUAGUUUGAAGAUUGGAGAAUGAGAAGAGGGCCGAGUUAGUGAGCUUUUUAAAAGCUGUUCCCUCUGUAGAAUUCUGUUGUGUUUAUGGCUCCACUUUGCAUCCAAACAAUAAAGACAAGUCAGCCAUGGUUGACUAUAUUCUUGGAGUAUCCGAUCCUCUGCAAUGGCAUUCUCAGAUCAUUAUGCAUCCUGGUUGAGGUUGCUUGGCGGGGCAAGGCUGAUUACACAAGUUGCAGAUGAUAUAGGUGUAGGAGUACACUUUAACCCAUUUGUUAUCUGGAAUGACAAGAUGUUGAAGUACGGGGUUGUUCGAAUGCGUGACUUGGUACAAGAUGUACUGAACUGGGAGAAAAUUUACUUAAGUGGUCGUCUACAGAAACCGGUACAUAUACUUGUGGAUAAUCUGGAUAUUGCAAACACAAACUCUGUUAAUUUGAGGGCUGCAUUGUCUGCUGCUCUUCUGCUCUUGCCCUCCAAGUUCACACAGGAAGAUCUGUUUGCCAAAAUAUGUAGCCUUUCAUAUAUGGGAGAUUUGCGGAUGCUUUUUGCAGAGGACAAAAACAAGGUGAAGAAGAUUGUGCAAGGGCAGUUUGAUCUAUUCCACUCAAUGUAUAAGCCAUUUCUUCAAGAAUAUGAGGCCAGAGACUUCUUGAGAGUCUCAUUAUCUGGAACUGACCAAGCAAAUAUAUCACAGGAUUGCGGCUUACCAGUCACUUGUUCCCUUGUAUCUUCUCUUCCACUGGCAAUUAGAAGCCAAAUGGGGAAGAAGCUUGGACAGAAGAAGAUAAUAAAUGAAUUACGUAAUGCUCAUUUUGCAGGUCAAGCUAUAAAUGAAGUUAUAAUUGGUUCAAGAGAAGAGGCCUCCAAAUGCAUGCAGGGUGUUCUGCGGCGAAUUGUAAUGAUUUCUAGUGCAAGGCAGGCAGUUUCCGGUCUACUUGCUGUGGGUGGUAUCAAUGCCACUAAAUAUCUUGCUAAUAAAAUGCAGAAAGCCUGGAAAUCUUGGACUUAAAACUGUCCACUUCUUUCUCAAUUUUCACAUGAGAUUUUGUCAGGUGUAUUAUAACUUUUAAAUGAGAAUGUGUUAUCUUUACCACAAGCUGCCCUGGCUGUAAGUUAAUAAAUUGUGCAGACUAGCCAGCUUUAUACUUUAAUUAUUAGGAUUGGUUUUUGUUUGCUGAGGUAAUAUUGGGAGCAAGCAAGCCGCUCUUUGUAAUGAACAUCAUAUUUGUUCUUUGGAAGUGUUUAUGGCACGUGAAGAAUCGUACCACUAAAUACAUAAUUUUUCAAGUUUAAUCAAAAAGUAAUGCUAUGUGCA